UAAUGUGCAUGUGGGUGUCUGAAAAAAAAAAAAAAAAAAAAAAAAAAAAAGAACAGUGGGGAAAAAAGGGAAAAAUCCUUUGCUUCCCAUUGUCGCUCCCUUCAAAGCAGAUUUAACUUUGCUUCCCUUUCCUGUUCACCACCCAAUUCUAAUAUAAAAACAGUGCUAAAUUUUUUGUUUCAUAACCAAAUACUUCCAUUGGAUAACAAAAAAGAAAAACAGGAAAUUGGACAAAGAAAUCAUCUGCAGCAAUAGUUUGUGGUUAAUGGAUUCUUUGGUUACGCAGAACAGGAAUAUUAACAUCUGGUUUGUUAGAACGAAAUAUUAUGGCCAUGGUGGAGAUAAACAAGAAGAUAGUGAUGAACACUUUGCCACAGCAAUCGCAGCAGCUGCUUUUGCAGUUCAUUCAUUGGAAGAAGCAGAACUUCAAUAUCAGAAAACAAUAAAGGAAGGUCUGGGAGUCUCGAGGACGAGCACGAAAACCAGAAAAGAUGGCAUGCCAAGUUCUGGUAUGGUAACCAGGAGACUGUCAAACAAGGAAGCAAAAGGUGAAGUUUCAAUUACAAGGCCUGCUGGGUCUGAUCAUAAGGCAUCUGAAAGUACCUUUCCUAGCCGGUAUCCGAGUGUCCGAGCAGAUAGAAACCAAAAUCAAAUGGGGAUACCAUCAAGACAGAAUGGUGUGAGAUCUAGAGCAGAUGUUUGGGAGAUAGCUCAGAUGGAAAAGAUUAGGAAAAGGUAUGAGAAAAUGAAAUCUACAAUUCUUGCUUGGGAGAAUAAGAGAAAGAUGAAAGUCAAACAAAAGAAUGAAAGGACAAAGAGCAUAUUAGAGCAGAGAAGGGCUCAAAAUCAGAGACAUUACCAAAACAAGAUGGCAAGGAUAGAUGAUAUAGCAAAAGGAGCAAGAGCGCAAAUGGAAGAGAAAAGAAGACAGGAAGAAUCUGAGGUGAAGGAAAAGGCCAAGAGAAUUAGAUCUACAGGCAAAGUUCCUGUUACAUGUUUCUGCUUCUCUUGUUACUAGUACUGGGAUUCACUGAUUUGAGACACUUUGCUGAGCAAAGUAAACAGAAAAACUGAACUAUUUCCCAACUAGAUUUGGGUACCUAUAAGUGUAAUUACUGACCGAAUAUAUUUAUUAUUCAUAAUGUAACACAACAUAAUUACUGGCCGAAUAUAUGUCAAGUUUGUUGAUCAUGCAACAUAGAAAAGUCCAAUAUCACACAUCAAGUUACAAUAUUUUUAAUUUGUCCCUUUUGGAUUCAAGUGGAUUUAAUUUGA